UCAACCAAAACAAAGGUCGCAACGUCACUACAAAACAACGAGACAUCAAACACGAUUAAUUUUAUCUUCCAUCCUGAAAUUUUCCAAAAUCAUCCAGAAUAAUGGCAGCUGUGUAUAACAUAGAGGACCAGGAUGAGGACACCCUGGACCGACAAAACAGGGUACUCACCGAAAACCUCUCAGGCAAAGUCAGCAGACUAAAGUCGUUGGCCUUUGACAUCGAGACUGAAGCGAAAGAGCACCACGGUCUGCUGGACGGCCUCUCGAUGGACUUCGAGUCUGGCACGGGUUUGCUCAGCGGCAGCAUGAACAGGGUCCACAAAAUGAUGAACAGCGGGCGCAACAACCGCAAGGCAAUGUUCUACGUCGCUGGAUUGGUGGUCACCGUCUUUGUGGUCAUCUACUUUGGGUCGUCGGCCCUUUUCAAUGCACCGGAGUGAUCUUUUUUAAUUGCACCGAAAAUAAGAAACAUUUAUCUGUGAUUGCACUUUUUCUAACUUAAAACUAAAUAUAUUUGUAAGGGAAAGAACUGAAGACACCGUAAAACUGACAAAUGUAAGAAAAAUAAACUAUGAGAUGUGUUAACCGAAGUUGUUAAUAAAAUUUUAGUUGUAUAGAGAUUAAAAAUAA